CUCGAUGUGAAACAGCUGAUCCAUGCCGUUGUAUUACAGAUGGGCACCAGCCUCCGUCUCCUGGUGAUUCAGGCGGUGUUUAUCGUCGUCCUUGCAGGACAGGAAACAGGAAAACAGAGAAGGAUUCUCUUUUCCCCAACUAUGUUUACCUGCCCCAAACUAACUGUGGUCCACGGCAGUGUGAAGUGCACCCAUAGCAACGCUAUAACAUCACAAUGCACUACCACGUGUGCCACAGGUUAUAAAGCGGUCCAUUCCAAAAUCACCUGCACCUACCAUGCAGAACUAAAGAAAUCCGCUUGGUCGGCCACACCAUCAUGUAAAGCCACCACUUGUCCAAAACCGCCAUCCGUCUCCCAAGGAGCUCUACACUGUCCAUCGUCGACCCACGUGAUUGGUCAAGUGUGUACACUUUCCUGUAGCACUGGGUACCGGUACACUAGUUCCAACACCGCUUACCAUUCCAUACGAUGUCUCAGCACAGGGGCCUGGUCUACACACACCAGUUGUAAAGAAAUUCGUUGUCCGGCCCCAUCAAAGAUCAGUCAUGGGUCCUACCUCUGCUCUCCUUCAACCGUGCACACAUACGGUCAGAAGUGCAGCUUGACCUGCUCUACGGGAUUCAAACCCAGUACUUCUACCCACAGCAUCUCAUGUCUGGCCACAUCCAAGUGGUCGACCUCGGCAUCAUGUGUUGAGAUAAGAUGUCCGACUCCACCCAAGGUAACUGCAGGAACAUACCAGUGUACGUCAUCGUUGAACCACAAGCUGAACGACGCCUGUCACCUUCACUGCAGUGCUGGCUACAAGCCAAGCUCCACGCGAUCUGACAUCAAAUGUCUGUCCACCUCAGCGUGGUCAGCUCCGGCCAAGUGUGUGGAGAUCAUAUGUCCGCCUCCAGCCAAGGUCAGCCAUGGAGCCUAUUGGUGCGGUUCAGCUACAACCCAUAGACUGAACGAUGUGUGUAACCUGCACUGUAACCCCGGGUACAGGCCAAGGUCUGCCUCCUCUGACAUCCACUGCCUCCCUGCUGGUGCAUGGUCCACUGCGGCUACUUGUGUUGAAAUCCGAUGUCCAACUCCAGCUGUAACUCGCCACGGUACAUUCCACUGCUCCUCGGCCACUGUCCACGCUGUAGGGAGCACGUGCGGACUGACCUGCUCCACGGGGUACCGGCGGAAUGUCCACUCCAUCUCUUGCCUCUCGGACUCCACGUGGUCAGCUCAACCAGUCUGUACCGCAAUCAGAUGCCCAACGCCCAAGGCACCGCAGCAUGGUUCUUACAGAUGCUCCCCCUCGCCAUCGACCCAUAAACCGACUGACACCUGCAGCCUCACCUGCACCUCGGGGUACACCCCCAGCACCCACACCAUCACCUGUCUAUCCGACGCCACGUGGUCAGCGGUUCCCUCAUGUACCCAAAUCCGCUGUCCCAGCCCCGCAGCAGCAUCACACGGGAGCUACAAGUGUUCCUCUGCCUCCGUACACACACAGGGAGAAACAUGUACCCUCACCUGUGCCACGGGGUACACACCCAGCACCUCCACCAACACCAUCACUUGUCGACCGGACUCCACCUGGACCGCAUCGGCGAUAUGUGUCGAAACACGAUGUUCAGCUCCUCCUACGGUGACAGGUGGGGUCUACAAGUGUGUUUCAGCAACUGCCAACAAGAUGAACGACGUUUGCCAUCUUCACUGCAACACGGGCUACAAACCUAGCUCCUCACAUUCUGACAUCACAUGUCUGUCAAGCAGGGCGUGGUCAGCACCAUCGACAUGCGUGGAAAUUAUGUGUCCAACUCCACCCAGUGUCAGCCAUGGAACAAACCUGUGUGCUUCGACCAGAGUUCAUCGCCUGAACGACGUGUGUCACCUCCGCUGUAGUUCUGGAUACAAACCAAGUUCAACGUCCUCAGAUGUUCGUUGCCUUUCGCAUGGGGCGUGGUCUGCUGUGGUGCCAUGUGUUGAAAUACGUUGUCCCAGUCCCCAAGCCGCUUCCCACGGUUCAUUAAACUGUUCCUCCGCCAACCGUGAAAUAGGCAGCACCUGUAACCUGACCUGUGCAGCGGGAUAUGAACCCAGCGUCCACACCAUCUCCUGCCUGGCGGACGCCACGUGGUCGGAACAAACCUCCUGUAUCGGAACACGGUGUCCCAGUCCAGCAGCAGGUCGACAUGGCUCGUUCAAUUGUUCAUCCCCUGCCCAUAGCAUAGGCAGCGCAUGUAGCCUCCAUUGUGCUGCAGGGUAUGAGCCAAGUGUCCACACCAUCACCUGCCUUCAUGAUGCUACUUGGUCGGAACAAACAUCCUGCAUUGGGAUACGGUUGUCCAAGACUGUCAGCAGUGAGUCAUGGAUCCCUCAACUGUUCCUCCCCAGCCAGUACAGUAGGCAGCACCUGUAGACUCACCUGUGCUGCUGGAUACCAACCCAGCGUCCACAUCAUCUCCUGUCUUGCUGAUGCUACCUGGUCGGAACAAACUUCCUGUAUCCGAAUCCGAUGUCCUGCUCCAACUGCUCCACCAGAUGGUUCCCUCAACUGUUCCUCGACCACAGUCUAUAGGCCCGAAGACACCUGUGACAUCACCUGUGCUACAGGGUACACGCCCAGCAUCCACAUCAUCUCCUGUCUCCCAGACGGCACGUGGUCGGCCAGACCAACCUGUGUCGGUACGGCGGGUACACUACAUGCAAUGCUUCAUGCUGCAUCCAUUUCAAAGGCUGCGAUGAAUACCCGGAUCUAUUUGAACAAACCUGUUCACCUCUUUGCUUGGGAAGCAUGCUUUCAGAAUUGUUGGUCGCAACAUAACAGACCAAGAACAAUAAUGUGCAGUCCUCUGUGGGUGGAUAUCAGAUUGA